CGGAAGCAAAGCAAACGUCAAUCAUUCGCCGACGAUGCCGGAGAGAAGUCGUGAGGGCAGUGAGACUUGCGGGGUGACUUGACGUUCGGAAGUAACUCGGCUUCUCUCAUUCGAGUAAUAUCGAAUACAACAUUAAACCGAGGCGCACGUAGAUGCGAGUUGCAUGUCCCGCCAUCGGCGCGGCUUCUCUUCGACGUCACAAUCCAAUAUACCUGCAAACGCGACGGGGGUGGAGCGCUUCGGUGGAUUAGGUAGAUUUUAUCCAUUUCGUGAUUUCACGUUUCGCCCUUUAAAUCGCCAGUGAGGGCCACCCCGCGACUGGGACCGCGCAUUCGCUGCAAUUUUUAAGCCGUGGAAACCUCGGCAUUACGUGUCGAUCGUUAAAUUGGCAUACGCUUAUGUCAGCACAUCCGGUCUUUACAAUCUCAGUUAGUUAACUUUGUAAUAAAGGGAUCGAUUCACCUUUCCCUGAAGAUAUCGCUAUUUAUACCAUUACGCUAUCAACCCCUUUUUCCUCCUCUAAUAAUUUUAGAAAGACCUUCCUGCCGGCGACGUGUUUCUUUUUUCUCGCGACACGUAAAUCUGCGCAGGAAGAUAUGCGGCGGAGGGGAGCGCGAAUAUUAAUCUUUUAAAGUUCAAAGGUAAAGGCGAGAGUACGUCAAUUUCGUGCGACUUGAUGCAGUUUUACUUCAGCGUAGCGCAUGUAUAAUAGAUAUAUGCCGCUGGGACCAUCGAUGAGCGGUGAGGGGCCGGUUUCGCGGGAGAUGAUGACGGACAAUCGGUGGUUCCCGAGGGACGAGACGUAGGGGGAUAUGUCCGGCUGCCUGUCGUCAUCUAUGACAGGAUCGACAGAUGCGGGGCCGCCGCAGCCCCAGGAAGACCCCGCGCCGCUUCCCGUCGCUCGACCGCCGUCGAGCUACGACCCCAGGCCGACCUUAGCGGAGGGCAACGGCUCGUCCGCGCGGCGAGGUAGCCGUCAUCGUCACCAGCCGCGGCGCAGGAUGAUGUCCGCUCCGCCGUCCGGACAGACGAUACAGCUGACGCCUCUUUGGGAACACGUGGUGCGUACGCGUAGAUUCCCGUCCGAGGUCGACACGCAGGCCACCUUCGUCGAGAUCUCCGAGAGACUUCGGGAUCCGGAAUGGGAGGUGCGGCAACACGCCCUGCGGGUGCUGAUGGACGUUCUGCCGACGCUGAACGUCGAAGUCGUUGACAAGGUCAUGCAACCGGUGGUGCCGGAGCUGAUCAAUAAUUUGGGACAUCCAGCGCCGGCGGUUCGUAAGGGCGCGCUGGACACGCUACGGGUCUACUUGGUUCACACCCCGAACAGAGAGAACAUGGUCAAAAACAUCCUUCACGACGGCCUGAAUCGCCCGGACGCCCAUAAUCCGUUUCAGACAAACGUGACGACGGGCGUAAUCCUGAGCGCACCUCUGCUGCUCUUUCCGUCCUCUAACAGUCCACCUCCGACGGCGCAGGUCCUCAAGGACGCCACCAUCGCUUUCGCCUCGCGAUUGGUCCAGGUGCCACAUCAGGAGGCCGUUCUGAAGUCUCUCAUGAAGAUCCGCGACGCAGUCGGCGAGGAAGAAUUCGAGAGCUACCUGGAAGAUUACGACGACAAGUUUAAGAAGAACAUCGACGUGCUCUCCAAAAUCUACAACAUCAAGCCGAGCAAGAGGAAGCAGGAGAAGAACCGCGCGCAGGACAUCAUGAAGGCCGACGCGAAGGAACGCGCGUUCGACAAAUCCUGGGACAGCGACAGCGAUACUUCCGGCAUCGCCGAGGAGGAGGACGAGACGCCGAGCGCCGGCGGCGCGAUACCACCGGCGAGAGUCGUUCUGGAAACCGAGAUCAAGUUCAACGAGGAGACGGCCAUCACGAUGACGAUCCUGGAGGAGAAGGACGACGACAGCGAGGCCGGUAACAAUGCGAACAACGGCAUCGACGAGGAUCCGUCGUCCGCCGACAAACGCAAGACACCCAGACGCGUCCACUUCGGCGGCGAGAUCGUCAAGCUGAGGACGCCCGACAGCGACGAGACGGAGUCGCUCGAGGUGACGCCCAAGACGAGGAUCCCGGUUCCGGUGUCGCCGGCCACCAAGAUGCCGGAAACGACGAGAAGACGGCCGUCGUCGCAGCCGUGCAGUCCUCACGCGGAGAAGCGGGGAUCGAAGAGAGCUUCCAGGUCGGCGUCCAGCAGUCCCAAGAGAGAGUACACGCACAACGCGCAGCUGAGCCCCAAGAAGAGCAUCCUGUCGAGGACGAGCAGCCCUCUCAUCCUCAUCAGUUCGACACCGGAGGAGACCAAGAACGCGAAGAAAGUUCGAAGAAGCGGCGAGGCGAUCCCUGAAACUGAAGUUGCUCGCGUAAUCAGUAGCUCGCAAGAAGGUGACGAAAUAUCGCCGAAGGAAGAGGUCACGUUAGUUCAGGCUGCUCCACCCUCGGCAAGCAACGAACAUAGGCUAUCAAAGAGCCAGGGCGAAAGCGACGCGUCUAAGUCGGCACAGGUUGCAGCGACAGAUGCCCCGAAGAACAAAGGGGAGCAAGCGGUCCUUGAGAAAAACAAUCACGCGGGCACGAUUGACUCGAGCAGAGGCGAUGUUCCUGACGCCUCCUCGGGGCAAGAAAGGAAUUACACAGCGAUAAAGUCAUCGAGUCCAGAACGGAAGAAGACACCCCGAGAGAAGGACGAUGGCUUCGAGGUGGAAAAGGGAUGUUUGAACGAGCAGAAGCCGUCGGUAAACAGCUUCUCUCGCAGGUCCAACAGUUUCCCGUUCGGGUCGCCGGUUAACGAGUGCAAUACGCGAGCGGAUCGUCUGAUCGGCGCCGACUUGAUCGACGACGACGACGACGACGACGAACGGGACGUGCGUACCUUCGGCAUGAUUGCGGACGAUCGUGCAGUGACCGUCGUGAAAUACGGCGACGGCGAGGGACGAAAAGAAUGGCGCAAUCAGCAUGACAGGAAGGAGGGAAACGCGUCGGAGGGGAACGGAAGUGUCACUUGUAGCAGCAGCGAGGGCGAGGGUAAACCGCAGGAGCCCAGCUGGGAGGAAUUGGGGUUGGUCGGCCAGGAGGUGCUGGACGACCUGCACAACAAGGACGAUUGGCGAGCGCGUGUCAGAGGCCUGGAGAGGGUCGCGUCGGCUCUGCGGACGUCCUCGGCGCUGAUCGCGAUAGAGUCGCGAUUAGGAUCGCUCUUGCAUGCGGUGCUCGGCGGCGAAAGGAGCUGCCGGGUGGCCGCCGCCGGCCUAGCGGUAGCGAAGGUGGUGGUAGCCGGUGUCUCGGAGAACGCGCUGAGGAAGAAAUUGCCACAGCUGGCCUGGGGCCUGGCUAGACAGGGUGGUCCAGCCGCGGCGCAGCUCGCUCGAGUCGCGAUGCUGCGGCUCAAGCCCAGCUUGCUCUUGGAACAACUGAUGCAGCCUCAUUGUCUGAGCGCCAGAAACGCCAAGACGAGAGAGAAUGCGUUGCAGCUGCUGAUCUUCUCGCUGGUGACGUUCCCGAGCACCGAGUUCAAGCUGGAAACCGUGGCCGGCCGAGUGGCGACGAUGGUCGCGGAUCGGAAGCGUAGAGUACGCCAGGCCGCGCUCGACACCCUGGCUGUUUUAGGGCAGAUCUACGAUCCCGAGGAGGUUCUCGAAGCGGGCAGACGGGCCGGCGAGGGAAGCCCCGACGUCGAGGCGAUGGUGGCCGCUAUCAGAGCGCGGCUAGCUAGGAAGUCACUGCCCCUAGUGUCGGCCGAUGGUCUCGUGGUGUACGGUUUGCAAAUUUCAUCGACUGUUCAGAUCACUACUGGCUCCGACGUCGAUUGGAUCGUGGCGGGAAGCGGUUCAGUCUCGCCUGGAACCGGGCGUUCCAGAGGCCAGAUUAUUGCCACGUCCAGAUCGGCACAGGGAAGAGCAUCCAGAAACGACAUCUUGAAUAACCGCGAAAGGCUAUGGAUAGACAGACCCAAUCUGGUCGCGCAGGGUGUCGGACUGCAAUCCAAGACUGAGCAGUCAACGGCCUGGCAGAUACUGGCCUCGAAGAUUAACAACGGCAAUGAAAAUGAGAUCAAGGGACUGAAUGGACGAAACGUGAACGCAGGAGUGCCUUCAAAUGCCAAUUUACGACUGGAGGAGCAGCCGCGAUCGUUUUACACGCCGCCGAAUCAGUACGAUUUUGUUGAGGCUGACGUUAAGGGGCACAGAGAAAUUUCUGACAAUUUCGAGCAUAAAGCGCGAAGUCGCAGAGACGUUAAUGAAAUUGCUAAAGAAAAGGAAAACACUGUUCUUAGAGGAGAAUCCAGGAUCCCCGUAUUGUCGACGCGCGAGCGUCCCAAGAUAACGUCGCAGAAUCGUGAAAAAUCCCUCAACCUGGACCAUGUCAAUUCCAAUUCGCGGAAGCCAACAACGGACGCGCUAGACAGCAAUAGAAAUCGAAUAAAUUUGCGACAGGAGAAUGUCGGGUCGUACGCGGCUAUAUAUCAACGGCGAAAACGUUUUCAACAAGAGGAGAGUCAGACUUUGAGUCAGACAUUUGAUUCGCAUUCUAACGCUUACCGACCGUCCUCUUACACGAAGGCUUUCGGGACAUCGAACAGAGAAUACAGUGAUAUUGUAGGAAGCAGAGAAGCGUUCUUCUCGGAUGACAAUUCGCACAGUUACGGCAGAUUCGUGGACGCCGACAAAUUUACGGACAAGAACGGAAGCUCGAACUGCGCGGGAGGACGUCGACGUUCGUCGUCCAGAAACAUGCAGCAACCAACGCUCGUCGAGACAUACAACGCGAUUCAGGAGCGCCAAAGGAAACUCAUGGAUGGAAGUGCGUAUCGGCCGUUACGAACCGCUCCGAGUCCAUCGACCCGCAUGUACCAAGACUCUCAGAAUCUGAGACCGCAAGUAUCUGCGGAUAACGACAGGAACGCAACGUACCGGCUCAAGGAUCGCAGGGCGAAGGACGCGGCGCAGCCGAGGUCCGAGAUGGAACUGAUCUCGUCGGAUCCGCAGGAGAACGGGCGUCCCUUUUCGGAAAGCUUCGCCAAUCCUUAUCGCAGGAGGCUGCGCUCGUUAUCCCCGUCGCAGCUCCACCGAUCGCGGCACUUCGUCAAGCUGGCUUCCAACAGAUUUCACGCCUCGUCGAUGUACGACAUUGAUAAGGCGACGACGGUGAACGAGGAGGAGUACAACUCGCGGAACAGACGUCACUUCUCGCCCGAGGCGAAGGGCUACCACGUGCAGGGCUCGAACAAGGAGGAAUCGCGAUACCAAGAGUUUCUGCGCUCCUUCGGCGCGCGCGAGCGUCCGAAAAGCGCGAGCAGCUCGUCGUCCGACGUUUCCAGGCACGAUCGGCCUGUACGAGGGGAAGGUCAGGACGCGACGCUGCGGGAUUACAAUGGCAAUGACAACAGCGGAUCGUCGACCCCGCGGAGCCGGGACGCCGGCGACCCGGCGUUCGACGUUAUCACGCAACAGACGACGAAUCACCAGAGCGACGCUCGCGACGACGUCGACUCCUAUUUCGUAAGAAAUCAUUACUUUUCAAUUCCAACUUGCAAAUCGCAAUCUUUACAUAUACAGGAUAGCCCGCCAUCGACGAAGAAUAAUUUGAUAAUAGACUUUUUCGCAUAUUUGGAGUCGUUACUUCCCCAGCGACAGCUUAAACGGAGUCUGUCACUUGACGCAACAAUUUAUAUCCCAACAUUAAAUAUCACGACGCCGCUGGAGGCCAAUGAAGUGGAGUAUCCGAGUGAAACGACAAACGCACCGACCGUGGACGAGGCGUCGAAGGAAUGGAGCAGCGAGGACGACCUGAAGUCGACGGGUCGAAUCGGAACGAUCUCGAGGCACUCGAAUCACGGGGAGCCAAUCGGCGCGGAUGAGAAUUGCAACAGAAGCACGGAGAGCAGCUCCGGCGUUCCCGAGCAGCCGGAGGACGACAGGUCGAGCGCGCGACGGAGAUCCAUCACGUUGCCGAACGAGCGGACUUACGAAAGCGCGAAGGUGUUCAAGGAAUCGCUACAGUCGAAGGUUGCAGUGAGUCCCAAGAGAUCGGAAUCGCUGUAUCUGACGCCUAAUCACAGCCCUCACCACUCGCCCGUCUCCAACUCGCCGACCAAGCGGAAUUCUCGCUGCGGUUCGCGCAACUUGAUCGAAGAUCCCGGGGAUUUCAGCGAGGAAAGGAUAAUCGCUUCCAUAGUACCUGACGAGGAUGCUUCCAUUCGACCGUUAGAUACCGUUGGCCAUCCUCCCAUAGACAUCAGCAUGACCGGCGAUUCACCGGCGAUUAUCAUCGCGUCGAGGCCCCAUUCUCACGAGGCCAUCGAGUACGUCGAGAAGGCGAGAAGCGUCGAAAAUCCCCGUAAUAAGAUUAACACUCAGGAGUCCACGGAAGAAGAAUCCAGCGUCAACGAUACCUUGGAGGACAGACAAAGUAAAGACAGCGCGAGCGAAACGAAUACGGAACCGGGAAUAUUGAAGAUCGAGUCUGAGCCUGGAGAGGAUGUCGAGUCGCGUAGAAGGAUGCCCUCGAAAGUGCCGGUGCGCGGUGCCAGUAGAUGUCGAAUGCCUUCCAGUAAAAGAACUCCGGAGAAGCCCACGGAAAAGUCCAAGCGGAUGGUACAGCAGUGCUUUGCGCAGCUUGACAAUAAAGACUGGUGCAUAAAGAAUCUCCGUUCGCAAGUGGCACGGGCCGCGUGUCUCGCCGCCGGCGAUAUCUUCAGCUCUCAAAUCCGGGGUAUCGAUCAGGACCUGGACGACAUAGCCGGGCCGUUGCUUCACAGAACGGCCGACACGAAUCGAUUUCUUCGAGCGGACAGCAACGCAGCUUUGGAUCAGAUGAUGCAAUAUCUGCCGCCCCAUAAAACCAUCGGUAUCAUCGUACUUCGGGGCGCGAGUCAUCAAAAUGCUAUCGUUCGCGCGACGACCACACGACUGCUGUCGGACAUCACCGAUCGCAUCGGACCUGAUCACAUUAUGAUCUUACCACGCGACGUACGGGACAAGUUGCUGAACGCGGGCGCAAAGUUGUUAAUGGAUGGAAAUCUAGACGCGAGGAAUCAUGCGAAAAGGAUGUUUCGGCGGCUGACUCGCUGCGAGGGCUUUCGAAAAGCCCUGACGGAUGCGGUGCCCGAAACGACAUUAAGACACAUCGACAAAACCAUGAAGACCCUAUAGUCGAACGUUCUACCGAUUAAAUCUGCGUAAUGUAAUCUAGCCGUUGUCUUACCGCUGCUUGGACUAUCCCAAAAGACUGUUUAUCACGCAGGAUGUUUUUACGAUCCGUUAGAAGCUAGUUUACGGCAUAGACCUGAAUUUUCUACCACGUAUACGCCGAGAAAGAUAUCGGCAAGGAGUCGUAUAAAUAGCUUCUCUCCCCCGCACUGUAUAUUACCCUCCUCGAAAUUAAAUGGAACGAGAGAUACGAUUUCGAUAAUCAAGAAUCGAGUAAGGUACGAGAAAAAAAAAGUCCGAGGAGAGCGUCUAUCGUCGUGUCACGACCUCGAUCUUGUUUUUCAUCGACUUAUUGCGCGACGAAGUUUUGAUACCUGUAACUUUAAUACAUAUACGCAUGUAUAAUAAUUUUUUAUACGAUUGUAUAAAGGAUGCGCUUCGGCGUAAGCGCAUUUAGAAAAAAAAAAGGAAGCUAGUGCCUUCACGUCGGUGAUCGUAAAUUACGCAAUCGUAGCUCAAUUACAUUGUAGUGUUCGCGAAGCGAAUUGCCGACGCGACGUAAAUUGCCACGUGUUUCGAGAAAAGUAAAGAACGUUGUCUCGCUGUUGUCUUCACCAACUCUACAUUAACGAGUUGCAGGAAGAGAACGUACGUGCGGAAAUUUCUCCGAGGAAAGGAGUUCAUUGCUGACGGCAAUGAGUCUGUUUCGAGAUCGCUAAUGCUUUCGUGAGUCGAAAGAUUAGAUUCGUUAGUCCCAUAUCUUUUGUUGUUAAAUUCGAUUGUUACUCUCUAAUAUAUUUUGAACCCUUGGGAAUGUAAGAGAAAAAUAUCAGAGAGCAUCUAUAAAUUUUAUAGGAAGAUAUCAGGUGCUAAGAGUUUAGAAUUUGUUUAUGAGAAAAAUUAUAUACGAAGAGUCCGUCCGAUUGUACGACUCUUGAUUUCUAAACUGUCCUUUAGUGUCGUAUAUCAGAGAUUAACUCGUAUUUAUAUGAAUAAUAAUUUAUAUGCAUAUAUAUAUAUAUAUCGUUAUACGAAGCUAAUUGCUUAUUAUUGAAGGCACGUACACAUACUAAAUAAAAUUACUAUUGUUAUACCA